AUGGCUUCCUUCACCAAAUCACUCCUUCUUUUUCUUUUCAUUCAAUUUACCUUCUCACUUUUUCCCUCAUCAAUCGCUCAAUCCCCUGCUUCAGGGUCUUCUGAAGGGUACACUAUUUAUGGCCGAGUGAAGAUCCCUAGUUUUGGAACAAAAGAGUUCAGCCUUCCUGGAAAAGUUUCAAAUGUCAAAGUGAUACUUAAUGGUGGUCAAAGAGUUUCUUUUCUGAGGCCCGAUGGAUAUUUCUCAUUCCACAAUGUACCUGCAGGGACUCAUUUAAUUGAAGUGGCGGCAACAGGCUAUUUCUUUUCUCCCGUACGAGUUGACGUUAGUGCCAGAAACCCUGGCAAAAUUCAGGCAGCGCUGACAGAAAAUAGGAGGGGGCUCAGUGAGUUUGUCUUAGAGCCAUUGAAGGAUGAACAAUAUUAUGAGAUUAGGGAGCCAUUUUCUGUUAUGUCCAUUGUGAAGAGUCCAAUGGGUCUGAUGAUGGGAUUUAUGUUGAUUGUUGUCUUCCUUAUGCCCAAAUUGAUGGAGAACAUGGAUCCAGAAGAAAUGAAACGUGCCCAAGAAGAAAUGAGAAGUCAAGGAGUUCCAUCUCUAGCAAACUUGUUACCUGGUGCUGCAAGAGGGAACUAG